AUGUCUACCCAACAACCCCCCCUCAACUCCGCUCUAGCUCUCUCCCUCCUCACUUCACUUGGAGGCGCAAUCGGCUACGCCCGCACCGGCUCUAUCCCCUCAAUCGCAGCAGGACUCUCUGUCGGCGCGCUCUACGCCUUUUCAUACUACCGUCUUAGCAAUGGACAAUCCCGGGGCGAGGAAAUCGGUCUCCUUGCCUCGACUGUGCUAGGUGGAAGCUCGAUUCCUCGUGCUAUUAAGACGGGUGGGAAGGCGGUUCCUGUUGGAUUGUCUGUUUUGGCUACUUAUGGAAUUAUUACUUUUGCGCUUGCGUGGAAGGAUAGAAGGGCUUAG